UACGUGCGUGUACGUGAGAGAGAGAGAGAGAGAGCGCGAGCGGCCGAGCGGCAAACCGACCGACCAGUGAAGCGACCAGCCCACCACCCACCCACCCACGAUGAGCGGCCACCACACCGCCAGCCCUUUCGGCCCGGACUCCCCGCCCUCGCCAUCUCGGGCCCCCACCGCCGCGGGCAGCCAGUCGCCGGGCGCGGGAUCGGGCGGGGUCCCUGCGGCGGCGACCGCGGCGGGAGUGUCCGCCGUCGACGGAUUUACGGCCAAGAUGCGGGACCGCCAGGCCCGCGGCAAGGAUCCCUACGAGUCCUCGGACGGGGGCAGCGACUGGAUCGGUGAGCGAAACAGGUAUCGCAUCGGCGGUAACGGUGAAGAGGAGUCGUUUGCAAGCAUAGAGAGGCGCCGCGUCGCCGCCCAGGUCCUGGAUAGCCCAGAGCUCCUGAUGAUGGCCGCACAGCGGGACAACGAGAGUAUACCCGCCACCCGCCUCCGGUACACCCGCAUGUUGUGCGGGUUCGAGGAGCCCUCGGCGCCCGCGCCGGGGCGCAGGAACCCACACCGCUCCGGCAGCGGCAGUGCCGGCGGCAGCGGCGGCGGCGGAAGUAGUAGCGCCGGUACGGGCGCCGGUGCCAGCUCGUCGCGCGCGCCCGGCGGGUCCGGCGGCGCGGGACGCUCGUCGCGCAAGGACGCGCGGUGACGUGGCUCUCGCGCGCCACGCGCGAGCUGAGGACGGGACGGGAAGGGAAUGGGACUGCUAGGCCGGUAAUAGGGAGAUGAGAGGGGAGGAGGGGGAGGGGAGAGGGUCAUGUUGUAAUGCGGGAUGGGAUGGGAUGGGAUGAGGGGAACGCGGAGAAGGCUUGGAGGGAAAGAGAAUAUACGCGGGAGCAUGGGUACGGAGCACACGAGUAUAUCCCUGACGGACGGAGUCACCGCGCGGGGGGAGGGUGGGCAAGUGCUAGCGGGCGGUGGACAAAGCAACAGAAAUCGAUAACGCUCCCCCGUCCUCCCGUUGUCUUUCCGCCGCGCUCGCCCCCAAGGAGACAAAAAGCAACAAACGAGGGAAAAGCGGAGGGGCCCGGCGACGGGCAAGGUCGUAUAAUGAGUGUGUUGUUUACGUGCAAGGUUGCCCUGCCUUGUUUUCGUCGUCUAAUUCUUCUCACACCCACACCUUUUUUUCUUCUUCUCUUGUUUCGCCAUCAAAGAUUAUACCUAAUUUAAUAAUGUUGGUCGGGGCUACUUAUUAUCCCCGGGCUUGUGUUGAUUGCGCUUCCCUUUGCUCCUGGCAAGGGGUAGUUAGUUGUAGUAGUAGUAGUAGUUGUAGUUGGUGGCUGAGGUCAGGGUCUUGAAAAGGUCCAAGGUUGGAUUUCAUCACGCCGUCGAGUCAUAGUAAUAUUGGGAGCGGUAAUUAU